AGGAGAGGGGUUUUCAAAACGACACCAGUCAUUUUCAUGCGUUGACGAAAGACGUUGUGAUUUCGGCCAACUGCAACUGUUUUGAAGGAUGAGUUCUGUUGCUGUGAAUGAUGAGAAUCGUGGGGUCUGCCCUGGAGGAAAGCAGAACAGCUCAAUUAACGACAUAUUUGCUCUGGAUCAGCCCACUGGGAGGCCCUCCAUCCUGCGACAGACAGAGAACCUGCCCAGCAAGACGGUGCCAAAGGCGGCUAAGGUUUGUUUUCAGACUCCAAGAAGAGACCCUGCGACUAAAAGAAUCGUAUCUUCUCCAUCCAAGUCUCUUAAGAUGUCAAGUGUGGAUGAGUGUACCAAAGCAAUCGAGUCCUUAACUUUGGGUCCACUAAAUUCUUUACAUGAUGAACCCAAACAAGAAGUAUCAUCCUAUCCUGACGAUGACAUGCCCAUACAAAGCAAAGGAGGCUAUCAGCUGGACUUUGAAAACCUCGAUGCUUUCAAUCCAUUUCAGGGUUCUGUUAAGAUGGUCCUCUCCCCCGUGACGUCUGCUGUUGAUAACCCUCCCACAGAGUCUCCAAACACAGAAACCGAGAAUAUCGCAGAGCAGCCCACCAAAAUAGAAUCUGCUCUAGAUGAUACGCUUCCCUUCGCCCCAUCUGUGGAUUGCUCCCUGGUUGACACCCCCUCCAACAUCAGCUCCGCAGAGAGCAGCGUGGUCACCGUGUUAAAGGUCACUGCCAUGGAAGAACAAGAUUCCUGCACUGCCACGCCUGAUGAAAAACAACCGUCUCUAAAUGUCACUCAAGACUAUUCUUCAGGCAGUUUUGUGGAAGAUGCUCCACUGCCAACGAAGGGUUCUUAUUCUUUUGAUUUUGACAACCUUGAUGAGGUCAAUCCUUUCCAAACAGGUGGCUCAAAAAUUCCAAAUUCCCCUUUCAUUGGGAGCAAGGUGGCAGAAGCAAACCCACCAGUUGAAGAGAUGAAGGGAAAUGAAUCCACAGAAGCUCGAGAUGUUCAACCUGAGAUGAAGGGAAAUGAAUCCACAGAAGCUCGAGAUGUUCAACCUGAGAUGAAGGGAAAUGAAUCCACAGAAGCUCGAGAUGUUCAACCUGAGAUGAAGGGAAAUGAAUCCACAGAAGCUCAAGAUGUUCAACCUGAGAUGAAGGGAAAUGAAUCCACAGAAGCUCAAGAUGUUCAACCUGAGAUGAAGGGAAAUGAAUCCACAGAAGCUCAAGAUGUUCAACCUGAGAUGACACCAAUAGCUGCAGCGGCCCCAAUCACAACUAAUGCUGCCGAAACACCAGCUGCCGAAACUCCAGCUGCUGAAACUCCAGCUGCUGAAUCCACGUCCCAGCCAGCUGAUGCCCAUACCCAGGAAAGAGCAGUCAAACUUGAGUUCAAUUUUGACGAUGGCAGUGAGGUCAAGCGUAAACCACCACCCAUGAAAUUUGGCAAAAGGCCAUCUGGUGUCAAACCUAAAGAGGGAAAGCCAGAAUGUGCCGUGAAACCACCUAAAGAAGCUCCAGUGAAGCCUGAUGCCAGCGGUGAUGUUCCACUCUCCAAAGGGUCUUACUCAUUUGACAUGGCCAAGUUUGAUGACCCAAACUUCAAUCCCUUUGGCACAAAAGCAAGCAUGAUGACCAACUCUCCACAGUGUAGCAAGAACGCUGAACCUGUGCUAUCUGACCCUGUGAUCAUGGAACAUUUGAUUCCAGAGAAAGUGGACGUGCCAGCGGAGAAGGAAGCAUUGUCAUCCGAAUGCGCUGGAGAGAGUGUCACGGCUGCAGAAAUCAUCCCUGAAGCAGAAAGAUAUGAUGCUAAAGACAAGGCGGCUCCUGAUCAUGACUUCGGAUUUCUACUCGAAGUUCAACAGGAAGUUCAGCAACCCACUGAGAGUCUUCCUGACUUCUUUGGUCUGUGUCAACCUGAGCAGAAGACGCAGGCCGCCCAGCCAGAAUUCAAUGAGGAGUUUGUUCCUGGAACCAUGUUCAUGGCCAAUGACUUUGAUGGACAAAUGGAUUACCUGGAACAGUUUGGGUCCCACAGUUUCAAGGAAUCUGCAUUGAGGAAACAAUCCUUGUACCUUAAAUUCGACCCCCUGAUGAGAGAGAGCCCCAAGAAGUGUGCAGCCCCCGUGGCUCAGGACCCCGUGCCUCGCCCCGUCGCCUUUGUUUCACGGCUUGAAACUUCUCAGAUGCCAGAAAAGUAUGCAAGCAGAGCACAAAGGGAUGAUUUCCAACUGUUUGAUCCUGCUUCCCCAAUCCUUGCAGACCUCGUCCCUCCUUUCCCUCAGCCAGAGAACACAGAGGAGGCCAUUAUUGAAGUGCUGAGGUACAGUCAGCAGGACAUGGACGCCGCCAUCGCCAGAGUCCAGGCACAAGCAAAGGACACAGAGGAUCAAUGGAGUGCAAAAUAUAAAACGAUACUUGACGAUGGCCAAGAAAUGAGGAAAAUAAAUGCAGAGUUUGAGCUCAUGAUUGCUAAAAUGCUGCUUGAUCAAGAGAAAGAGAGGGAGGUGGCCCAGACGAAGCGCACUGCGGCUCACAUCGAAAAGGAGCAGGUCUCCAGUGAUCUGAACACCAUGGAGAGAUCGUGCUCCGACCUUUUCAAGAGACUGGACAAGUACAAGGAUGUUAUUGAGGGCUUCAAAAAGAAUGAAGAGACUCUGAAAGCCUGUGCUCGGGACUAUCUUGAAAGGAUCAGAAAGGAGGAGCAGCGGUACAAGACCCUUAAAACCCACGCUGAGGAGAAGAUUGGCCAAGCAAACGGGGAGAUUAAUGAGGUUCGGUCCAAGAACAAUUCUGAGACAUCUGCCCUCCAAGCCCAGCUGAGGAUGGAGCAGCUGAAGGUGCAGUCGCUGGAGAAGAGCCUGGACCAGAAGGAAAAAGAGGCAGAAGAGCUCACCAAACUUUGUGAUGAGCUCAUCUGCAAAGUCCAGAGGGGUUGAGCUCAUUUGUAAAUUGUGUACAUUUUAAUGCUUUUCUUUCCUGUUCUUCAUUGUUCCUGUCCUUGUUCAUUCCUUUAUGUAGUGCUUUGUUUGUCUUUAUCAAUGUUAUUAAAAUACUGUAAAAAGAGAAGUUAAAGAUGAUUCAAUCUUUAAUAAAGAGUUGAUGAAAAAUGA